AUGGAAUACAGACAACCAGGCACUGUUCAUUCCUCAUCCAACAAUUAUUCGAAUCCUUUCGAAACAACACCUUCCGAGAAGAAUUUUCCAAUCUUUCAUUGGAAUAUCGAAAAAGAGCAACAAACAACACAAAUACAUCAACAACCAUUCUCCAAUUCUCCCCAUAGUUCGAGUUCUUACUCCUCUCUCAAAACCACCAAUCAACUUCUCAAAUUCAACAAGACAUCACCUCCAACAUCAUCAACUCCACCAACACCAAAAUUACCUUCUCCUAAAAUUCUAUCAAGUGCUGCAGAAUUGAGAGCUGUCAGCAUUCAUGUGGAAUCUGAAAAGCCAAAACUUCAAUCAUUUGAUCAAACUCAACAUUAUCAUAAUGAAACAGCAAUUUUUGAGUGCGCAAAUAGUCGAGUGAGAUUAGCAAAGGAAGAUACACCACCAAGUAUCAAGAUUCCUAACAACAAGAAAAUUCAGAGAACAAGAGUUUUUACCAUUAGCGAGUUAUUACAACAAUAA